AUGUCCGAGUUCUCGCGACUGCCCACUCGCGGUGGCAGCGGCAGCAACAGCUCUUCGCCAGCCCCCCCUCCUCCCCCUCCAGCUCCUGUGCAACAGGCCAAGUAUUCCAACCGGGCGGCCAGUGCUCUAGCCAGAUUUGCACAGCCCUUCUUUUCAGGGUCCAGACCCCCCAGCCCGCAGACGUCAGGCGGCGCUCGUGCAGACUCACCUGCUGGUCCCCGACCCGGGGAAUCCCAAACAGUCACCCAUAAAACGGGGAUUCCCAUAGCUGCGUUGGAUAUUUCCCCUCAGCGGACACAUGCAGUAGUCGGGGGCAAAGAAAUCCUCAAAACCAUUCGUGUCUCGCCGGAUCAUUCGUCCGAGGAAUUCAACCUGCGCAAUGCGAUUAUUAGUUAUUCGUCUACGCAUCACAUCGCAAAUGGACCUUCCGCGCGGCACAAAGAACAGCUGAUGGUCCGCGAUGUGAAGUGGUCACAUGGCGUCUAUGACCAGAUCAUCGCCACUGCGGUGGCUAACGGCCGCAUCGUGCUCUAUGAUCUUCACCGGACAGGUUUGGAAUAUUGCCGCUUCAUGGGGCACAGCCGUCAGGUUCACCGACUGGCGUUUAACCCUUUUAUGCCAACAUACCUCUUGUCCGGAAGUCAGGACUCGACCGUCCGGAUGUGGGACUUGCGCGUGCCCUCCACAGGGCGUGGAGUUCCGGUAUCGGGAAGUAAGCACUUGUAUAACGGCAAUAGUGAUGCUGUCCGCGAUAUCAGGUGGUCUCCCAAGGACGGGGUGGUCUUUGCAACUGCUACCGACAGCGGUACCGUCCACAUUUGGGAUUACCGCAACCCUAGUGCUCCUAUGCUACGGGUGACCGCACAUGACCGGCCGUGCUACUCCAUUGACUGGCAUCCUGACGGGACGCACCUUGUGAGCGGCGGCACCGACCGACAAGUCAAGGUCUGGGAUAGUUCAAUUACCGACCGGAGGCAAAAGCCGACGUUCCAGUUCCGCACCCCCCAGGCGGUGAUGAAUGUACGCUGGCGCCCGCCGUCAUGGGCAAAAGAGCCGGAGAGCUUCGGGGAUUGGCAGUCGACCCAGCUCGUGACAUCUUACGACAAAGAAGACCCCAGAAUUCACCUGUGGGAUCUCCGCCGACCUCAUAUUCCCUUUAGAGAAUUUGAUCGGUACGACUCCCGCGCGGCAGAUUUGCUGUGGCACUCGAAGGACCUGCUGUGGACGGCGGGGGAAGCCGGUGUAUUCACCCAAACCGAUAUCCGUUAUGCCCCGCAGGUAGUCAAUCAACGGCCAACGUGCUCAGUCGCCUGGAGUCCAAGUGGUGAGGUGGUUGCUUUUGUCCAGAAGCGCCCCAGACGGAGUACCCUGGGUCUCAGCGCCACUGAAUUUAUAGGCCACCAAGAGGAGGAAAGCAGUAGCGGUGAAGCGCUGAGUCAGAGUCCGGUUGACGACUUUCUUGACGAGCCUUCAUUCGUCCCCAUCCACCAUCACCGUAGAAGUACACCGCCGGGGCUUUCAGAUUCCAACUCUGUGCUCUCCCUAGAGAAAGUGAUGUCCAAAGUUAGGUCUCCCGGACCUCACCAGAUUGGUAUUACCGGGAGCAUCCCUGGGGCGACGAUGAGCAGAGACGUGUUCCAAUAUCUGGCUCGUCAUUAUGCCCCGUUACUUGACGACCUUAAUCUCAUGUUUACCGACCCCUUGCCCUCCUUGCUCGAGUCGUUAGGGCAGAAUGCCGAGUGUGCUGAGGAUAUGUCGCUGGCCAAACUGGCACAGACCUGGCGAAUCGUCAAGUUUGCGGUCAUACAAGAACUCCAAGUGAAGGCUCGGGAGGAGCGGCGAUCUGGGGAAAAGCGUUCUCGCGGCCUCAAAAAGAAAACGUCGAAAGAGGGCCCGAGCACCGAAAGGACACGGAUCUCGGAGGAUGGAAAGCAUGAUAAGAUGAGGAAUCACUUCUUUAAAGGCGUCAUGGAGACCAAAGCAACCAGGCCAUCCCUCUCGGACACUGAGCCUACAUCGAGCAUGACUACGCCUCUUGCACGUCCUUUACCUGAUUCUCCUCUCGGGUCUUCGGAUAGUUCCAACUCACACAUGUCGUCUCUUAACGAACAAGAUAUUCAACCCCUCCCGCCAUCAAUCUUGAGUUCAAACCAGGGCACCAUGAAUUCUAAUGACUGGUCAUCAAUGUCGGAUAUCGAACCGCGACCCAUCAUUCAACUUGAGCGCAGUCAAUCAAAUGCCAGUGAAGCACGGUCCAUGGUCGACAGUGCUCCAUCUGAGUCAAUACAUGGAUCCGUCCCCAAUGCCUUGGAGGACCAAAGGUCGGCCCCACGAGAAAUUGGCAGACGGACGGAUUGGCGUGGUCGGGACCGUUCCAUACCCGAGGAGGACGAAUAUGAUCAAAAGAUGGAAGAUAAGAGGGCCGCUCUCCGUGACUACAAGUCGUUCCCGAAAAAAGUCCUGUCGCUUGAGUCUCACGCGGAGUCUACCGGGCCCCCGGGCUUCCAGCGUCACGAGUCGUCGGAAAGCUUUCCUAUGUUCUCAGCAUCUACUGAGAGCUCUCACCCUUCAAAAUCAAUGGGCACCUCGUUCUCUUCGGCAAAAUUGUAUGAUGUUGAUGAGAACGCCGAUCCAACCAAGGAACCAGACAUCAAUACAAGUGAAACACCCAACCAAACCAUACCUCGAGCUCGGAGUGACUCGGUCAUGGAAUCCGGUAAAUCCGGUUCUGUCCUUGACGAAGAACUGCAGGGCAACGAGACUCUUGACGGACCGGUCCCGGAUACUAAUCACUUCCAUCUGGAACGGCCUUCCAGUCCUUUCCUAUUGGUGAUGGAAUCGAGUCCCCUAGAAGUUCUUCGCCAGAAGGACGAGGAGUUGGCAGCCGAUCAAUACACGAGUACUCCCGGUCCAGCACAUCAGGUUCUAUCUGAGUUAGAGCAAGGCCUCGCCGAUGUUGUCAUCCCGAUGAGUCUUAAUGAGACAGGAUACAAGCCUUGGAGCGCCGGGGUCCUAUUGAAAGAAGCAAUACAGCAUUACCACAGCAGCACCAAUGUUGAUAUCCAGUCGGCUGCUCAUCUGCUGCAGAAACUACGAACGCUUUUUGAGGAUUGUGAAAAGAUUCUUCCGAACGAGGAGUGCGAAUUGAUAUUCAAGUCCUACAACGAGCAUCUCAUACGCCAGUCUAUGUAUAUUGAAGCUGCCGAGCUCCGUCUUCUCUGUGCCCCGUCCUACCCAGCGGUCUACGAAUACGCCCAAGUUGACACAACGAUGAAUGUGUUCUGCUUUACAUGCAAACGACCUUAUGAUAACCCAAUUCACGACAACAGGCGCUGCCACCGCUGCAACACGCCCCAAGAACCUUGCGCAAUCUGCAUGAGCCUUGAACCACCUCCGGAAUGGGUUGCUGAACAGUCUAACCUCUCCUUACCGUCACCACAGGAGCUGGAUUCAGAGGCUGUCUCGCUACCACUGUCCUCAUCUCGCUCGUCGUUAAAGACGGAGCCGAUGCUUUCGUCUGAACUGCAACAACUCGAGGAGCAAUACCUGGGUCCCUACCACUCUCCCCGGCCAAAGGGGUCUACUCUGUGGACCUGGUGCCAAGGAUGCGGCCACGGAGGGCAUCUGGCCUGCAUGCAAACAUGGUUGAACGAUACCACGGUCAGUGAGGGCGGUUGCGCCACCCCAGGCUGCAUGCACGACUGUGGACCAGGCCCACGUCGUGAGCACAAUCGCGCCGUGCUCCUGGAAGAGUCCAAGAAGCGUGAUUCUGCGAGUCGAAGAGCUGGCGUGGGUUUCGUCAAACGCGACACCUGGGCCAAAGGGGAGAGCAAAGCAGUCGAAAAGGUUCGAGGGAUGUUGGGUACUGGUGCAUUGGGGGGUGUGACCACUGGCGGCAGCAAUCCGUCCGCUCUGAUGUCUCCCAAAAAGGUGCGGCUCGUGACUCCUAGUGAACAAGGUAGACGUCGCACCUCCACCAGGACUAGUAUCGGAGGGGGCAGUGGAUUGAGUGGUUGA